AUGGAUUCCGACGAGGAGCAGGAGCAGAUGUUCGCCGAGCUUCAUGAAGAAGAAACGGCUGCCGCCGCCCAAGACGAGGAGCACCUGCUCAUCCUCGCUUGCCUGUCCGGCUUCAAGCAAGAUGGGCGAACAGGAUUUGAGUUCGAGUAUGCUAAACCCCAGAAGCACUGGAGCACAUUCUUGUCGCGACUACUACUAGGCUCAGUGUUUCUCCUCCCCGUCGUCUUGACGGCGCCGAGCCCCAUGGCUAGCUCACCGGAGAACAAGCCAAUGGGUUCACCGCCACCAUUCCCUUCCGCACGUCGUCCCCAAGAAAACCCCCAACCCACUGACCCCGAUCCGCCGGAGCCAGCCCAAUCAGAUCACACCAAGCCGACCCCGCCGCCGCAUCCAGGAAAUGCCACUGCCACCGCGGCGUCCCCGGAAGCUUACGAAUCACCGGCGCCGGUGCCGAAGCCGGAGCCGAAGGACGGAACAGCGCGGCAGGAGGCCCGGCCGUCUUCGCUCUCCGCGCCACCUGCGCUCGAAGCCACGGAACCAGUGGGGCCCACCUCGCCUUUGCCGCCGCCAAAGUUCGAGGCUUGCCCCGAGGCAGCGACCACGGGGGCGUCGCCAUCCCCGUCGCCCCAAAUAUUGGCGCCCUCGGCCGCGGCCGGUACUCCACCGCCGUCGACCCCAUCUAGUCCCCCAGGCGCCCUGUCGGAUGCGGCCCCCGCUGAUUCGGCAGCAAUGGUGUCCAAGGAUGCAGCUUGGCUACCUGCUGCGCUCGAAUCGAUGGAUUCAAAUCGGCCUACCGCGCCGACGCCGCCUAAGCCACCACUGAAGAGUGGACAAGAGGGGUUCUUGCCGCAACAGCACCCGCGACCACCUUGUCCUACCGUGCUUCCGGGGUGUGAAAAUUCAGAGCCCGCACAGCCGCCUUCUCCUCGCCGUCCCGCCCCGGCUAACAUUGCACACGCCUCGCCUGACACAGCCGAGGCCGAUGCAAUGGCAGUGACUUCGGCUGAGCCUUGUGCGUCGUCAGCAUGUAAGAGUGAGGCUGAGGAGUCAUUUGAACUCCCAAUGCCUAUACCGCUUUCUUCCCCAACAGAGGCUGGACCCUGGUCGCCGGAGAUGGCACCUCAGGCGUUUGAGAAAUUCGAAUCUUCAUGGCCGCCACUACCCUCUCCCAACCUGUCAGUCAAAACUACACACUCAUUCCCAAAUGCAUCCAUGCCGGAGGAAGCGUCGAAUUCACUGACUGUAUUGGAAGCUAUGGAUGCAAGGAUAAACACUGCACCUGGCCUUCCUCGGCCAUCAUUUGGGUCUUUGCAACAGCCACUGCUGAGACCACUUUCUCCCAUCACACAAGCUGAGCUCUGCUCACCAGAUAUGCCACCUCCUGGGUCUGAGAGUUUGUCAAGGCUGCCGCCACCCAAUGAGACCACAUAUACCUCGUUCCAUUUGAUUUCCACCAAGGCAGAGACAGUAAAAACUGAGGAAGCGGUUUUGUCAGUGCCAGCAUUGGAGGCAAUACAUGUGGAGACAGACGGUGCACGCAAUUUGCUGCCACCAUUGGAGAGCAAGGGGGAGGGGUUAUUGAAACAGCCACUGUUGAGAUCAACUACUCCAGUGACGCAGUCUGAAACUUGUUCACCGAAGAUGGCACCUCCCAGGUUUGAGAGUCUUAGAUCGUCAUGGCAACCGCUAUCCACUCCUCUUUGUGGGACUACACAUAUCAUGCAAGAAGCAGCUGCAGCGGAGCCUUUGGCCGUGAAGCUGGAGGAAGAGGCUGGGCCACGACCUGCAUUGGAGGAAAUGGAUGUGGACAUGCAUGCUGUACAUCCCCUCCUGGCACCCUUAGAGAGUGGAAUGGAGGGGUCACUGCAAGAGGAACAUCCUAGACCCCCUUCUCCCACUGUGCAAGAUGUGCCCUGUUCGCCAGAUAUGGCACCUCCGGGGUUUGAGAAUUUUAAGUCACCACAGCUACUGCUACCGUCUCCACUCUUGGCACAGACUGCAUACACCUGCAACGAUCCAGCCACCAGUGAAGCUGAACAAGUGUCAGAGGAUGCUGCUCAGCCAUCGCCUGCACCGGAAGCAAUGGAUGUGAAGAUGGAGAUAUCAUUGGAGAGUGGAGCAGAGGGAUCAUUGCCACAACAACUGCACGAGCUGCCAACUCUUAAGGAGAAGAGUACUGCUUGUUCACUCGAGAUGGUGACUUCAGGGCAUGAGAACUUGCAGCUUUUGCCAUUGCCUCCUCUUCUUCCUGAAAUUCGGACGCCUAAGGUCUUGGCUGAUAUGGCUGCCACUGAGUCAGUUAUAGAGGCAUUGGAUCAAGUGCAUCAUCUAGUGCCUCUGCUGGGGGCAAUUGAAGAGGGCACAUCACUCAUUCUGUCACCACCGUUGGAGAGUGGUUCUGAGGGGUUGUUGCCACAUCUAGAGCCACAGGCAAUGGAUACAAACAUGGACCGUUCAACUACAGAGCUCCUGCUAUCAGGGAAUGGAGCAGAGGGGACAUCGCCCCAGCGACAGCAUCAGCAAUCUUCACCAAGUAUGCAGGCUGCACCCUGUUCAUUGGGCGACUUGGAACUUCUGCCACCACCACCGCCUCCUUUCAUCAGCAAAGAAAUGGGUCAAAUGGUAUGUGGAAGCUGCCGUGAACUUAUUGCUUAUCCUAGAGGGGCUGUUCAUGUACAGUGUGCUGGCUGUCGGACAAUAAACCUUGUAUUGGAAGCCCAUGAAGUUGGUAAUGUACGCUGUGGACGAUGUGAGAUAUUGUUGAUGUAUCCUUUGGGGGCUCCUGCUGUAAAAUGUUCUUUGUGCUUUUUCGUCACUGAGAUUGGAGAGCGGAAUGUUCGGCCUCGGAUAUCAGUCCAGCAGGCUGCGUCGCCUCACCCACCAGAGCUGGUUAACCAGGGCUAGUAAUCAAUGUUGGUUCUCUAUACCUGGUUGAUUCCUGUAAUACCAGAAAUCCUGAAACGCAGUCUAAACAAGUAAAAGGAAAACUUGAAAAUGCUGCUGUGGGUAUUCUUGCAGUUUUUUGGCACGGGCAUUUUGCUCGUGUGGGGGCGCGGCCUCGGGGCC